AUGAAUCCUACCGAUGAAGAGCUCGACCGCGACUGGAAGCCCAAUGGCCGCCGACCGCAAUCCACAAUUGCCCGUUCCUUCAGUCAGGAGUUGAUGGACAUCUUUCGCAUUGAAAACAGCAUUGCCGACCUAGACGAGCAAAUUGACAAGCGAAAGCAACAGGUCACAAGUGGGCAAACUGAACUAGAAGCCCUCGAGGCCAGAAUUAAAGAGAUGGAGGAGAGACUUAAGAAGCAGCACCCUGGAGCAGCCACUAGUUCGACCGCGCGAUCUCAACGGCAAGCUCUCAGCGACGCCUUCGACAAAGCACAGGCCGAGAAAGAACAGCUUGUACAGCAACAGCAGAGAUCCCGGCCGGGAACUGCGAAACAGGUUCAGCAAGCACCUGCACAUGGAGGAGCUAUGCCUCCGACCCCCACAGCCAGCGAAGGUGAAUACGUACUUGUCAAUCAUAGCUCCUCUGGUAACCGUGGCGCCGAUUCCCGAAAUUUUACUGACUAUGUCUUGAUUCCUAAAGAUGGUGGCGACCGCGAAAAUUAA